CUAUGACCAGUGGUGAGGAACCAGAACUGAGUGCAGAUAAUAUCAAUAAUAAGUCUAUUGCGGAGACGUUAAGUCCAAUAGCAACAUCGGGGGCAGCGGCAGUGGUAGCGCCAGGUGAUGAUGCUUUCGUGAGCAGCCCCUCGUAUCAACCAAGUGUGUCGGUAGUCAAAGCCAUAGAUAAUGUGAGUGGAGAGAACCAGGGUAGCCCUGAUCGUAGUAGACCUUUAAGAAUCCGUAAGCCACCGGGUCGCUAUGGUUUUGAAGAAAUAGAUUAAGUUCUUAAUAUUACUUUUGGUUUAAUUAGUAACAUGUGUAUAGGUAUAUACUUAAACUUGUAUUAUUGUCGUAACAUGUCGUGGUACUUAUAGUAAGGAUAUACAAUGUACUUUAGUAAGUAAGAUCUUCUUUAGUUAUUAAGUUAUUAGUAAAAUAAGGGUGGAGGUGUCAUGUAUGUGUGUGUGUCGUAGGCAGCAAACAGUCUCGCAAUAAACCAUUGCACCGAGCGCACGUCUUUUAUUUAACACUAAUGUAAAAAGAAAAGAAGAUUAUCGUAACUUAAGACAAGGAUGUAAGAGCAUUGUUCCCUUUGCCUUACUUAAAAAUCUUUAAAAACUGAGUUUAUUAUUGCCCUAGGUUUGUUUGUGUUUAAAAUGUACUUUUAAUAAAAACAUUUAUUUGUAGAGAAUAUUUUAUAAUGGCUGCUACAGCAUCAGGUACUAAAUACGGCCAAUGUCGUUGUUGCUCCAGCAAAGGCAAUCAUAGAGAUUUAAAUAAGGAAUAUUGCUGGGAAAGUAUACGCGAAGUUUAUUCCGAUAUUUUAGCGGAAUGCUUUAAUUUAUGCUUAUCAACAAGACCAGAUUUAACCACACUAAUUUGUUCCAAUUGCAUCAGUAGACUGAGAGACGCAAGUAGCUUCAAAAUCCUGGUUGUGAACACUGAGAAGCAGCUGUUAGAAAAUUUUAAAGAUUUAACUAAGAAAAAGUUUGAUGGAGUGAAGUUAGAAGAGCAGACUGAUAUUAAAGUUGAAUCGUGGUUGUUGGGCCAAAGAGAUGAUCACUUAUUAUACAGUAGUGAAGAUAGCAACGACACAUUUGAAGGCACAGGUUCAUCGGUGGUGAAGAGUCCAGACUUAGUUGAAGGCGAGGAUACUCUAUUGUCAAGAUUUGUGGGCAGAAGACUCCGACCUUUACCGACUAGAGCAUCACUCGGAAAUGUCUGCCAAGACUUUGCGAAGCAUUUGAAGAAAUUAGAAGGUAAAGUGAUUCCAGGGAAAACAUUGAAAUCUUUACUAGACGAUGGAGAUUUGAAGCCAAAGACGAGACUUAAAAAGUGUAUUACCAUAAGCAAAUCUCAAUCUGAACUAAACGCACCUAAAAAGAAAAGAAUUCAGCGAACCAAAUAUCGCGAGAAACACGUUGAUAUAGAGACAGAGAAAAACCCGUAUACAUUAGAGCGUUUGAGUCACGCUGCUAACAUUGCAGCUCUGUUAGAAUUCUCAAACGUUACGGCUUUCAAAGCGAAACACCAAAGGGCGUACCCGUGCUUUUACUGCGAGAAACUGUUUGAAGACUUCGAAGAAUUAAGGCAUCACCAAUCAACAAGUCACACCAAAGAAAACAUGACACAAUGCGUCUUAAAGAAGUACAGAAUCGGAAAACCUGACAGCUUAGUCGUCUACGUAGAUGUAGCCGGGUUAAAAUGCACGAUUUGUGAAAAACCUAUGGCUACUUUGAAGGAACUGAAAACUCAUUUGACAAGCGUACACGAGAAGACAAUGUAUUUAGAAUUGUCCGAUCGAGUGAUACCUUUCAGAGUUUGCGAAAACAAUUUCCAGUGCCAGAUUUGCGGGAAUCUCUACGAAACAUUUGGAUCUAUAGAACGGCAUAUGAAUACGCAUUACAGGAAUUAUGUUUGCGAGGAAUGCGACUCUGGGUUUGUGACGAAGCAGAGAUUGAGGAUACAUGGUUACCAUAUGCAUUCGAACAAACAGGAGAAGUACGAGUGUGAAGUUUGCCACAAACAGUUCACUACACAACAGAAGAGGAGAAUACAUCAAGAGACAGUGCAUGAGAACGUGAAAAAGUAUAAGUGUAAUCGGUGUCCGGAACGGUUUAACGAAUAUUUUAGACGACAUAAACAUAUGGUUUUAGUGCAUGGUGUAGCUCCUAUUGAAUACAAGUGUAAUGUGUGCGACAAGUGUUUUGAUAGAAGAUAUUCCCUAUCAACACAUAUGAGGACUCAUAUACAACAGAAGGAUGUCUAUUGUGAAUUGUGUCCAUACCGUUGUUUCACAAAAGUUGAGUUAAGGCACCAUAUGGUGAAGCAUAAUGGGGAAAGGAUAUACGAGUGCUCCAUAUGCAAAAAGUCUUAUGCUAGAGAGAAAACUUUGAAGGAACAUAUGAGAAUUCAUACGAACGACAGGAGAUAUGUUUGUCCUGUAUGCGGUAAUGCGUUUAUACAAAAUUGUAGUUUGAAGAGUCAUAUUAGGAGCCAUCACAAAAAGCAUGAAUUGAUGUGAUUUUGCAGAGAAACAUUCUGGAAAUAUGAUUUUACUUACCUUUUUUUCUCAUUUUAUGCCUUCUUUCGUAUCUGUUUUUAUAAUAUUCACUAAACAAAUGAAGAUCUACUGUUGUUAUUUAAAGUGCAAUAAUAAAUUUUAUUAUGAACUAAUAGGAGAAU